GAGCUCCGAUCCGCCCCGCCCCGCGCGCGUCCGGGAGGUGGGACGGGCGGCGCCAUGGAGGAGCGGGAAGGCUGUUUCAGGAAGGAGACGGUGGAGCGGCUGCUGCGGCUGCACUUCCGAGACGGGAGGACGCGAGUUAACGGCGACGCGCUGCUGCUGAUGGCGGAGCUGCUGACGGUCUUCGUGCGAGAAGCUGCGGCGCGAGCAGCGCGACAGGCACAGGCGGAGGACCUGGAGAAGGUGGACAUCGAGCACUUGGAGAAGGUGCUGCCCCAGCUGCUUUUAGAUUUCUAGAGACGUGGUGAAGCAGAAGUGACGGCUCAGCUGCUGGCAGAAGAUCCCGGCCUGAUGCUGAGUCCAGCUCUAGGAAUAAUAGUGUCAUCUCCUUCCUCUGCCCUAUUGCUUCUGCUGCCCCGCUCCUGUAUCAAGGCUCUGAUGGCAGAUGCUGUUUUUGAAUAGCGGCCUCCGCUCACUGGCUCUGGUGGGCUGUAACUGGUUUCCCUCUCGCUGCCUUCCUUCUUAGCGGUGUGCCCAUCAGCACGGUAAAGCUGCUGUUGCUUUCUCAGCUAAUGUGAGAAACAGGUGCUUCUUCAGACGAUGAGAGGCAUGGAAAGACUUAAUGGCUGGAAAUGUCAUCCAAACAUCAGGCUCUCCUCAUCUCAGCGGGCGGCAGCGGCAGAAACUUCAGGUCCGGCUCCAAGCCUGGCUAAUGAAUAGGUUGUUAGCAGGAGCUCCGUUACAGGCUCUUGCCAAAAGCAGGUAUCUGAUCUUUAUUUUAUAAAUAAACAGUGUCUGUCCUUCA